AUACAAGUAAAUCCAAAAGAAACUCACUUCUCUGGCACCAGGGUAGGAAUCGAAACGAAGAACCGUUUUCGGAAUCGAAUUGAUAAAAUUGGAAUACCCCAAAUGUGUAUUUUCUUACACCAUGUACCAAACUUUACACAUCUGUUGCUGCUGAUAUUAUGGUUGUUGGCGGGAAGCAAGAAUGUGACGUAUGAUUUGUGUAGGGUUCUGAAUUUGUUGUCACUGGGGAAAUUGUGGUCUCCCUUGCGUAGAAGAAAUUACUUGCAUUGGUGUGGAAUACAUUUAAAGUUAAUUCAAGAAAUCAUCUGAACUCAAAUUUAAAUUGUUUUGGCAAUAGUAUUAGUGUUUCUAGUAAUUUGUCUUAGAACACUAAAAGUGUUUGAAUUCAUGGUUUAUAAUGUGAACUUUACUACUUGCAAACUUUUUAUGCAGUACUUGGAAUAUAUUAUUCGCAGUGUAGUUUCUUAUCUUUAAAAAAAAGUCUAUUAAACAAAGAUGUCAGGAUUUAUAAGUAUAAAGUUGAAUGAUAUAUUGGCAGAUUUUGUAGGUGUUCAAUUACAGAAAUCCUUGCCAUCUUAUAUUCAAAUAUUCCUCUCAAAAGCACCUGAGGAUGCAAUAUUUAUUUACAAAGGUUCGGUUAUGCAGCAGGCUGAGGUAGGAAACAUUCCAGACCUUGAAAAAGAAGAAAAUAUUGAAUUUUCUGGAGAACUUGAUGUUACUGGUUCGCCGCUACAGUUUUCUAAAUAUUCAGUGAAUGUUGAUGAUUCUGUACUCUGUGUAAAGAAGUUUUGGUUAGAUGAUGAAGAAAAGCAUUAUCCUCUGUCACUCAAUAGUGCAAGGAGUAUUAUUAGCAGAUAUUUACUUAAAGUUGAAAAUUGUAAUAUCCCAUUGUGGAUAGCCUGUGAUGGUACUGAUAAAUCUAGAACUUUACUGUUAUGUGGUUUCAAAGAGGAAGGUUGGUGCUCUCGGUGUUCAGUGCAAUAUCACGGAUUAUCUCCAUUGACUCGUGUGGACGAAGAAUUAAAUGACACUACUUUACUUUUCUCAAAUAAGAAACAAAGAAAGGUCAAUGUUCAAUGUAUAUUUGACCUCUGUGAUUAUAAUUUCGAAAAGACAUUUGAGCUUACACAGAAUGAAGUUUCAUCUCGAAACAGCCAAAAAAUGUUAGUGAAACUUGAGUGGCAUGGUGCAAGUUUGAAGGUUCCAACCAAUGGAGUGUCUUCAGUUUUAACAGUAGGUUUCAAAAUUGGUGACAAAUCUUCAGCAAUUUUCUCCCUUUGGUCACAAUUAAAUUCACUAUCAAAAUAUUAUGAAAUAUUGUGCAGCAUCAUUAAUGACAAACAAUCUAUCGUUUUACCAAGAAAAUGUUCAGCUGAUGAAAUAUUGCUUGAAAACGUGACCAAGAAAAUACUGGCUUUGAUUAACAGUCCAGAUGAUGUUGUAGACUCAUUGCCUCAGGGAAGUGAUUUAUCACAUGAGAAACUUAGAGAAAAUAUUCUUAGUAUUCUGAUUAAGCAAGUUAAUGGUUGUAUGCGUCCUGAUUGCGAUAUCACAGACAAAAUAUGGCUUGUGUUGAAUGAAUUGAUUGAUGUGGAAAGUAUCACUGCUUGCCUAAACAAUUUGUUAUCAAUACUUGAAGAUGGGAAAUCGAAAUUGCAAGCAAGUUUAAGAAAGAAAAGCUUGUUAUCAAACAUAAUUUCUGCAGUUUUAAAUGGGAAUUUAGCUCUAAAUAACAUUUCCAUGGAAAAAACCUUAGAAGUAAUGGUGGAAAGUGGAUUUGAGAAAUUAAAAUAUGACUAUGAUUAUGUUUUUAAAAAGUUAGGAGUUAAUUGUUCCAAUUAUUUUAAAAAUAUAUCAAUUUCCGUUGCUAAAAGCCUUGAUGCUGUACAACAUAAUAUCAAUAUUUUGGCUCAAAUUCAUGUUGCAUUGGAUUUCAUUUUGGGAGUACAAUAUUUUUUUGAUAGUAGAGAACACAAUCUCAAUGCAUUUGCCCAAGCCAUUUUUAAGGAGAGUUGUAAAACAGUUACAUCCUUAAAAAAUUUGCAGUGUAAUCCCCACGUGUCUUUGGAAGUUCCUGUUGAGUUUGAGUGUGUUGUUGACCAACUGCCAAGCUACUUCUCAUCUUUAAAGAUGGAAACCUCCUCUAUAAAUGAGGAAGAUCGUGACUAUUCAGUACUUUUUCUAUCAUCUCAACCCCUGUUUCCUCCUGCAUUAAUGCAAUUUGAGGGAGAGAAAGAAGCUGAUGCAACGUACAUGGAACAACAAUAUCAUGUAUACAAACUAUCAAGUUAUUGUGAUUAUGUUGGUAAACAAUAGAUUAAAGAAUUUGUAUUCAAAUAAUAAAUGCAGUCUACUUA